UUCUUCUCCUUCCCUUUCGCUUCAUAACUCUGCUUCGAUUCGAGUGCUAUGGAUAACAAAGGGGGAGGCGGGUUAGCGCUCGAACCCAAGCAGUUCAGAGCUAUCAAGCGCCGGCCAUCAAUGGAUUCCGCCGCCGGGUUUGAGUUUCCGAUCAGCCUGGCUUGCCGCGAGGCCGAUCAGAAAUCCGCCGCCGUUAUCGGAGAGAUGGACUUUUUCUCUAAAGAGAAAAAGGCACGAGUUUCCACCCCUGUUGCAAUUCCUCUUGAUCUUCUGAUCAAGAAAGAGGAUCUCACCAUAAAUACUGCUCUGCAUCUAGCCAACACCGGAAGCGACCAGUCGACGUUGGAUGAGGGCAUGUCGAUUACCGAAGAUGAAAAGGAAGGCAAGACCGAGCUUGCAGCUAUGCAGACAGAGCUUGGGAGGAUGACAGAGGAGAAUCAGAGGCUGAGAGGGAUGUUAAGCCAAGUGACCAAUAACUACAACGCUCUUCAGAUGCACUUUAUGACUUUGAUGCAGCAACAAAACCAGAUUAACAAAAUCGGUUUCUCGCAAGCUCAAGCGGCCGUAUCUGAUGAACAAUUGAAGAAGCAGGACAACGUAGGUGUAGCCAUAGCGCCAAGACAAUUCAUGGACUUAGGUCCGGCCGCCGCGGAUGCCGACGAGCCGUCGACCCAUUCUUCGACCGAUGGUGGUAGUCAGGACCGGUCGUCGCAAUCUCUAGUGAAUAAAGAUAUUAGUACAAACAGUAAGGAGAUGAUUGUGUUCGAACGGGAAGAUAGUGGUUUUGUGAGAGAGGAGAGUCCUGAGAAUUCCUCACAUGUAUGGGCUGCCAACAAUCAUUCUAAAGCUAGCGGGACUGGAUUAAAGCCGGCCGAACAAUCCCAAGAGGCUACCAUGCGAAAGGCUCGCGUUUCUGUGCGUGCUCGCUCUGAGGCGCCCAUGAUUGCGGAUGGUUGCCAAUGGCGAAAAUAUGGGCAGAAGAUGGCAAAGGGAAAUCCAUGCCCCCGGGCUUACUACCGUUGCACCAUGGCCACGGGCUGUCCCGUUCGCAAGCAGGUUCAACGUUGUGCUGAGGACCGUUCGAUCCUCAUAACAACAUACGAAGGAAACCACAAUCACCCCCUCCCACCGCCGGCCAUGGCGAUGGCUUCAACCACCUCGGCAGCUGCAUCAAUGCUCCUCUCCGGCUCGAUGCCGAGCAACGACGGUUUAAUGAACUCCAACGUCCUCGCGCGAACGAUUCUCCCAUGCUCAUCGAGCAUGGCAACCAUCUCAGCUUCCGCUCCUUUCCCUACGGUCACCUUAGAUCUCACCCAAACCGCUAACUCGCUUCAAUACCAACAACGCCCGCCAUCUCAGUUCCACUUACCACCGCCGCUGCCGCCGCCGCAGCCAUCAUCUCUGCCGCAUUUAUUUGGUCAGGCAAUAUACAAUCAAUCGAAAUUCUCCGGCUUGCAGAUGUCGUCCGCGGAGGUUGCAAAGCCGCCGCAUAAUUUUGCCGAUACGGUGAGCGCGGCAACGGCGGCGAUCACUUCGGAUCCUAACUUUGCGGCUCGCGCCCCCGCCAUAACGUCGAUCAUCGGUGGAACGCAUCAAGCCGGAAGCAGCAGUAAUAGUGGUGCAGUAAAUAAUAUUGUUAAAGUCAAUAAUGGUGGUAGCGGCAAGCCAGCCAGUUGGAGCUUCCCUACAAGUUAAGAAAGUUGAAGUCCUGCUAAAGUUAGCAUUUUUUUUUUUAAUUUUUUUUAAUUCUUUUCUUUUUGUGGAGAAAAGGGUUAUGAAUACCAUACUAAAAUUAUGUUUUCUUUUUUUUUAUUUUCUUUGUUUUCAAUAUGGCAAUGAAGAAGAUGGAAAAUAAUGAAGUAAUGCAAUGAGAAAGUAUGUUCAUAUAUACUUAGUCGGUAUUAUA